AAACGCGUGACACUCGACGACGACGACGACGACGCGAGAGAGUCAAGAUCAAAGUGUAUCGUCGUCGUCGAUUUUCGCGCAGUCUUGGUCGCGUUUCGGUGCAUAGAACAACUGUAAUAAUAUAUUAAUAUAAAAUGGAAUUCCUGAGCUUCGACCCGGCGAGCAAGAGCUUGAGCCUGAAGACCGGGCCCAAGCCCAAGCCAGCCUCGGACGAGGUGCUCGUCAGAGUCUCGUACUCCGGUAUCUGCGGUACCGAUCUUCACAUAAUCGCCGGUCACUUCCCGUGCAAGCAGACCGGGAGCCUGACGAUGGGCCACGAGUUCGCCGGCGUCGUCGAGUCCGUCGGAGCCCGGGUGACCAAGUUCAAGAUCGGCGACAGGGUGACCGUGGACCCGAACAGCGGCUGCGACCUGUGCAACGACUGCCACAAGGGCUGCUAUCAUCUGUGCCUCGACGGUGGGAUCAACAACACGAUCGGUAUUUUUCGAGACGGCGGCUGGUCGACCCAUGCCGUGGUGCCCGAGAAACAGGUUUAUCGAGUGCCCGACGGCGUCGACAUGGACAAGGCCGCACUGAGCGAGCCUCUGUCGUGCCUGGCCCACGGCUGGAAUCGGAUGAAUCCCAUCAACGUAGGCGAGCGAGUCCUCGUCCUCGGUGCCGGGAUAAUCGGCCUGCUCUGGGCCUGCCUGCUGCAUCUUCACGGUCUGCGCAGAAGCGUCACCGUCUCCGAGCCUCAGCCGAAACGCAGGGAGGGUGUCAAAAAACUCGCGCUCGAUUACGAAACUUGUGAUCCGGAACAGCUCAGGGGUCGCGAAUUCGACACGAUCGUCGACUGCAGCGGUUUCGGCCCGGCCAUGGAGGCCGCGGUGCCCCUGCUGGCUCGAGGCGGUCGAUUCUGCUUCUUCGGCGUGUCGGCGCCCAAGACCAAGAUCGCCAUCGAGCCCUACGAGGUCUACAAGAAAGAGCUGACGUUUCACGGCGUGAACAUCAAUCCCUAUACCUUUCCCAAGGGUCUGGGCCUGCUCGAGGCCAUGUCGGAUACAUACUUGAAUUACGAUAACCUGGGAAUUAAGGCUUACAAAUUGUCCGAGUACAAAGAGGCGCUGGACGCCCUGAAGAGCGGUACAAUCAGCAAGGCCGUGUUUAAAAUGUAAAAAUUUUUAUUUAUCGGCGAUUUGAGAAUACUUUUUCGCAAACACAUAUAAUAAUAAUAAUAAUAAUAACAUAAUAUAAUAACAUGAAAAUAUCAAAACGUGAUUUUCGUUUUUUGU